ACAGUUAAAAUUAAAAAAUUAAAAACACCAAAAUGAUUACAAUGAAUGAAUUAGUGGAUUUAAGAAUGCAGCAACAUAUUGCGCAUGAAAUUUAUCGUCAGCAAAUUAUGCAAAGAAUACCAGAUCCAUUUCCACUAUUACCAAUGCCAAUACCACGCCAUAUAAUGUUGCCACCACGUGUAACACUACCCGGUGUUGAUGCAACAUUACAAAAUAUCGAUUUAUGGAAGCAAUUUCAUCAAAUUGGUACUGAAAUGAUAAUAACAAAAAGUGGAAGACGAAUGUUUCCAUCAAUGAGAUUAUCAUUAUCGGGUUUAGAAGAUGAUGUUAAUUAUUGUGUUCUAUUAGAAAUGGUACCAAUUGGUGAUUGUCGUUUUAAAUUUUCUGGUUCACAAUGGGUACCAGCUGGUGGUGCUGAACCACAAUCACCACAAAGAAUGUAUUUACAUCCGGAUAGUCCAGCAACUGGAUCACAUUGGCAAGCUCAACCAAUAUUAUUUAAUAAAGUUAAAUUAACAAAUAAUACAUUGGAUAGUAAUGGUCAUGUUGUUUUAACUAGUAUGCAUAAAUAUCAACCAAGAAUACAUAUUAUUCGUACAUCUGAUCCAACACAAAUACCAUGGGCACCACAACAACCAUUUGUAUUUCCAGAGACUGAAUUUGUGGCUGUGACAGCUUAUCAGAAUGAUCGCAUCACAAAACUUAAAAUCGAUAAUAAUCCAUUUGCAAAAGGUUUUCGUGAAACUGGACAAUCAAGAUGUAAAAGAAAAAUGGCAUCUUCACCAUCUUUAGAUAAUCAUAAUCAACAACAACAGCAACAACAACAGCAGCACCAACAACAACAACAAUCAUCAUUAACAACAUUAUCAUCUUCAUCAUCAUCAUCAGCAUCAGAAAUAUCACCGAUCAAAUCAAAUAAUGAUCAUUUUAUAAAUGAUCAUGAAAAUCGUUCUGAUGACAAUGACAGUCCAUUAAUUAAACGUAUGCGUUCAAAUAGUUCAGCAUGUUCAACAUCAUCAUCAUUAGAUGAUCGUGAUGAACGAACACAAUCAUUUUCAUCAUUAAUUAGUUGUUCUGGUUCAAGUGGUACAAGUUCACCAAAUCAUCAAAAUUUAUUAAAUCAUCAACAUCAAUUGCAGCAUCAACAAAAUAAUCAUCAUUUUCAUCAUCAUAAUCCACAUUCACAUCAUCAUCACCAUCAUCAUCAAUCAAUUAGGAAUAAUGAAUUAUUAAUGCAACAUUUACAAAAGAAUAUGCAAAAUUUAAUUAAUCCAUCAUUAAUGGAUUUGGCAUGUUCAUAUUUUGGACGUAAUCCAACAGCAGUAACACCAGCUGGAUUAGGAUAUUCACAAACAGGAAUAACAUCAUCAUCAUUACCAAUUGCAGUAACAAUUGGAAAUCAACGAAAUAAUAAUAACUUAACUAGUCAAUUUUAUUCAUCAGCAAUAGCACCAUCAUUAUCAUCAUCGCCAUCAUCAACUUCAUCUUUUGUUGCAUCAUCAUCAUCAACAUCAUCUAUGUCAUUAGCAACAACAAUUGAACAAAAUUUACCAGCACCAGCUGAUAUUGCACCUUCAGUUAUUGAUAUUGUUAAUAAUUCAACAUCACCAAGAACAACAACAGCAGCUGUAACACCAACAAAAUCAAUACUAAUAACUGGUUCACCAUCAUCAACAUCAUCAUUAACAUGCGAUAGCUCCGGCGAAUAUAAAAAUGUAAAAAAUUUCGUAUUGAUAGCAAUGUCUUAUUUAUCCAGUACAGAUCAUAUUAUAUUUUGUGCAUUAUCAAUUUGUCAACAAGAAAUAAAAAAGAACAUUGAACUUUCAUCAAGGGCAUUCCCAAACUCAUUUGUUAUGAAAAGAAUCAUUCAAGCCUCAGAAAAAUAA